GGGGUAAAGUUGAAAUGGAGGCGGAGGCGGAACUGAACCAAAAGCAAACUUUUCCCGUUCAUCCUUAUGUGAUAAGACUAAAGGCACUGGUAUGUUAUUGAAGUCACUGGUAGGGAGUGCCUGCACUCUAAUAGGAGCUGCUGCUGCCCUAAAAUACGCUCCAGGAGAAGUCAAGGCCCAGGCAGCCGCUCUGCUUCACACCGCGGUGAGGAAAUCUUAUCUGGUGGAACAAGCAAACAUGAGGGUGGAACUUCUCCCAGCUCUCACUGACAACUACAUGUACCUGCUGAUCGAUGUGGACUCCAGAGAGGCAGCUAUAGUUGACCCCGUGGAGCCAAUCAAGGUUGUAGAAGCCGUCAGAAAACAUGGCGUAAAACUCACAACUAUUCUGACCACCCAUCACCACUGGGAUCAUGCCAGUGGUAAUGAGAAGAUGGUGAAGCUCAUGCCGGGACUGAGGGUCUACGGAGGAGACGACCGAGUCGAUGCCAUUACAAAGAAAGUUUCUCACUCCAACACAUUCAAAGUUGGAUCGCUGAAUGUGAAAUGCCUGCUUACACCGUGUCACACUACCGGUCACAUCUGCUACUAUGUGACCAAAGAAAACAGCACUGAGCCACCAGCUGUUUUUACAGGAGACACUCUGUUUGUGGCUGGUUGUGGUAAAUUCUUCGAGGGUACAGCAGAGCAGAUGUACAAAGCCUUGAUAGAGAUUCUCGGACGCCUGCCUCCCGAAACGCGGGUUUACUGCGGUCAUGAGUACACCGUCAGCAACCUGAAAUUCGCCCGUCAUGUGGAACCAGACAAUGAGGUCAUUCAGAAGAAGCUAGCCUGGGCGAAGGAGAAGUGCAGCAACGGAGAACCGACUAUUCCGUCCACUUUGGCCGAUGAAUUUACAUUUAACCCCUUUAUGAGAGUGAAAGAGACGUCCGUCCAGGAACACGUGAAGCAGACGGACCCCAUCGAAACCAUGAGAAACCUCCGGAAAGAAAAAGACGGCUUCCGGGUGCCCAAGGAGUGAAGUCCUGACUAUUACAUACUAAAGAAUUUAAUCAUCAUCCAAGCCAUUUGAAAUAGAUCUACUGCAUUCAUUUUGAGUGAAAGUUCAUCAUUUUUACUACUAGCUUCCGCCCUAAAAUGGCCAUAAACUUGUCUGUUAUUCUUUUACUUGUAUCUGGUUUGUUUGACCGGUGCUUAUGUGAGAGUUUUAAGGAAUAUAUUGCCAUUGAUUGAAUGCUUUAAAAUGAUAGUUUGUUAAUCAGUAAAUGUCUUAAGAGAGUUUUAGAGUCUAUUUAGUUUUAUGUUGUAAUAUAUCGACGUACAAACCAGUUUCAUUCAGCGUUUAAAUCUGAAACGAAACAGGGAGCCAACCGAGUAAGAAAUGUUUAAAUUUGUAUGCAGCACCUCUGUGAGCUGAUUUUAGCAAUAGGUGCUCAUGUCUUGGUCUGUUAAAAAGUGUAUCAAUGUUUUAUUCUGACCUCGAAUGUCUCCUCAUGCUGUUUAUUUUCAUAUUUACUCCUUUUUAUUUCAAAUUUUAUAUAAAAGCAUUCAGUGAGCGCAGCGUUUUCAGCUUAAUGUUGUGUCAUAAUUCAAUGUCCUGAUAUCCUGAAGGCUCUUUUCUGUGUAAAGCACAAUCUUACGAAGAAUAAUCGCAUGAAGUUCUCUGCAAAAAAGCAAUAAAACACAUUUGUUGGAAGCAAAA